AUGAAGCCCUUCUUCGGCCUUCGGGGCACGAACUUGAAUAUCAUGAUCGGCGUGAUUGCUGGUCUUGAUUUCUUGUUGUUCGGAUACGACCAAGGCGUUAUGGGAGGUCUCUUGACAUUAAACUCGUUCAUUACGGUCUUCCCUGAAAUCGAUACUUCAAAAUCCAGUUCAUCAACAAGUAACAACUCCACAACACAAGGAAUCACUGUUGCGUCCUACAAUUUGGGAUGUUUCUUCGGUGCAAUUAUGUGUAUCUGGAUUGGAAAUUACCUUGGUCGUCGCAAGACAAUUUUUGUCGGCUCCAUCAUCAUGGUAAUCGGGGCUUCGCUGCAAGCCUGCGCUUACUCGCUGCCGCAUCUCGUUGUCGGCCGUAUUGUCACAGGUGUCGGUAACGGCAUGAACACUUCUACUGUGCCCACAUGGCAGUCUGAAUGCUCCAAAUCUCACCACCGUGGAAAAUUAGUCAUGCUUGAGGGCUCCUUGAUUGCGGCUGGAAUUACCCUCAGCUACUGGCUUGACCUGGGUUUCUCUUUCCUGGACCCUAGCUCUGUUGCGUGGCGCUUUCCCAUUGCCUUCCAGAAUGUCUUUGCAUUGAUUAUCCUGAUCUUCGUAAUGCCGCUGCCCGAGUCGCCUCGCUGGUUGAUUCUUAAGGGCCGCGAAGAAGAAGCUAUAGAAGUUCUCGCCGCCAUCCUAGAUUUGGAUGAGAAUGAUCCUUAUGUUCACGCGGAAUUUAGUGCCAUCAAGGAUGCAGUACUGGCUGCUUCAACUGCCAGCUUCCGUGACCUGUUCACCAUGGAUGAGAACCGACACUUCCAUCGUGUGGUACUUGCCUACGUCAACCAAAUGUUCCAGCAGAUUUCCGGCAUUAACCUGAUCACCUACUACGCUGCUACCAUUUACGAGAACUCCAUUGGCAUGGAUGGCUUGACAUCGCGCAUUCUUGCUGCAUGCAACGGCACCGAGUAUUUCCUGGCAUCUUUGAUCCCCAUCUUUAUUGUGGAGAAGGUGGGACGACGGAUCCUGAUGUUGGUUGGUGCCGCCGGAAUGUCGAUCUCCAUGGUCGUCCUAGCCAUCACCACCAGCUUCGAGGGCGAUUCCAAGGCUGGUAUUGCCGCAGCCGUAUUCUUAUUCGUCUUCAACACAUUCUUUGCCUUCGGCUGGUUGGGAAUGACCUGGCUGUAUCCCGCUGAGAUCGUCCCUCUACGCAUCCGCGCUCCCGCCAACGCCCUUGCAACCUCUGCUAACUGGAUCUUCAACUUCAUGGUUGUCAUGGUCACGCCUGUUGCAUUUGAUACAAUCAAGUAUAAGACAUAUAUCAUCUUUGCAGUCAUCAACGCAUUCAUCUUCCCAGUUGUCUACUUCUUCUAUCCCGAAACCGCAUACCGAUCCCUGGAGGAGAUGGAUACAAUUUUCCACAAGACAUCCAGCAUCUUCGACGUGGUCUCCGUCGCCCGCAACGAGCCACACCGCUACGGUAAGCACGGCGAGCUUCUCAUCAACUACGAAGAGACCGAUGAGCAUCUUCGUCGCGCUAGCUAUAUCUCAGAUAAGCCAAAGGGCAAUAUGGCCAACGAAACAGGCGAUCUUGAGACUGGAAAGGGUACUCAUUUUGAGCAUCGCAAGGAUAGCUCGUCUGAUACCGCCUAA